GGCCAGGGUGGAACCAGGUGAGGCCCCGCUGGAAGGAGAGGCCGGGGCUGAAGACCCAGGCCCGCCAUGGCCUCGACCCCGAGCCCAGCCCGGGUCCCCAAGCCCAGAGGAGUCCCGCCUUCACACUACUAUGAGAGCUUUCUGGAGAAGAAGGGUCCCUGCGACCGGGAUUACAAGAGGUUCUGGGCAGGCCUCCAGGGUCUCACCAUCUACUUCUACAACGGCAGUCGGGACUUCCAGCACGUGGAGAAGUUAAACCUGGGAGCAUUUGAGAGGUUCACAGACGAGGCUCCCCGGGGAGGCUCCCGAGACCCUGGCACCCACUUCAGCCUGAUUCUCUGGGACCAGGAGGUCAAGUUCAAGGUGGAGAGCCUGGAGUGUCGGGAGAUGUGGAAGGGCUGCAUCUUGACGGUGGUGGAGCUCCGUGUCCCGUCCCACCUGAUCCUGCUGCCCGGGCACCUGCACAAGAUGGCUGAGCUCCUGAGCCAAGAGGAGGCGCGCCGCGCGGUCGAGACGCCCCCGACGCACGUGGUCCGGCACUACAAGGUGAAGCGGGAGGGCCCCAAGUACGUGAUCGACGUCGAGGAGCCGUUCUCCUGCGCCUCGCUGGACGCGGUGGUCAACUACUUCGUGUCACACACCAAAAAGGCGCUGAUGCCCUUCCUGCUGGACGAGGAUUACGAGAAGGUGCUAGGCUACGUGGAAGCGGAUAAAGAGAACGGCGAGAGUGUGUGGGUGGCGCCCUCCGCCAAGGGCCCAGGUCCUGCGACCCCUGCGGGCGGCCCCAAGGUGCUUCCUCCUGCGUCUGCGCCUGUGUCCAGCCAGGACAAGCUGCCCUCGUUACCUCCCCUGCCCCUGCCGCCAAGCCCGGAGGAGAACUACGUGACCCCCAUUGGAGAAGCUCCGGUGGCCGAAUAUGAGAACCAGGACGUGUCCUCCUCGAGUCGGCCGGUCAUCCUGAAGCCCAAGAAGUUGGCAAAGCCUCCAGCAAAGCUUCCGAAGCCCCCCGCUGGAUCCAAGCCAGAGCCCAAAGUCCCCAGCGGUGGUCUGGCCAGGAGGCUGGCAGCCAACUCAGUCCAGCCAGUGGGGCUGGCGGAUGUGACGGCGGAGCUACAGAAGAAGCUGGAGAGGAGGCGGGCACUGGAGCACUGACCAGGACUCAACGGGGGACCAGCGGGCUGAUCUCAGGACUGCCCGAUGCGUGCUCCCGGGAUUAAAACCCCAGUGACCCCAGGA